AUGUUUUUCAUCCUUUAUUCUCUUUAUGCAUGGAUUUUACUUUUUAACCUCACAUUCUUUCACGUGCAGGAGUACCUCCAUUUCUAUUGCGAUCCUCCUCUGUGUCACAGAGAUAUUAAAUCUAGCAACACUUUACUGGAUGAGAACUUUGUUGCCAAGAUAGCUGAUUUUGGUCUUGCACAAGCUUCAAAAGAUGGAUCGGUAUGCUUUGAACCUGUAAACACUGAAAUUCGGGGAACUCCGGGUUAUAUGGAUCCUGAGUAUGUUGUUACUCAAGAGCUCACCGAGAAAAGUGACAUAUACAGUUUUGGGGUAUUACUACUUGAAAUUGUAACAGGAAGACGAGCCAUUCAAGAUAAUAAGAAUCUAGUAGAAUGGGCCCAACCAUACAUGGAAUCAGAUACGAGAUUAUUGGAGCUAGUAGAUCCCAAUGUGAGGGAAUCUUUUGACUUGGAUCAGCUCCAAACAGUAAUAUCUAUAGUAGCAUGGUGCACCCAUAGAGAAGGAAGGGCAAGGCCUUCAAUAAAACAGGUACUUAGGCUUCUGUAUGAAACAUCAGAACCAAUGCACAGUGAGUUUCUACAAACUGUUGAAGAUGAAGAAUGUCAUGGAAGUCAGCACAGAGGCAGAAGAAGCAAGGGGAAAAUGCUCAGAAAUGAAGCAUUGUUUCACAGCGGAGAGGGAAGAUAUCUUGCUUCAUCUUCGAGUACAUCCCGGUCAUAUUGCAGUAGAAGUUUUUUACUUGAGACUGGCUCUCCACAGUCUCCGCCAAAUAUGUUCUCUGUGUGAAACAUCGUUAGAUUCUUCAAGUUGACUUGAGUUUUAAAUUUCUCAUUUACUCUGACUUCAAAUUUGUGGAUUUUUGGGAAGUAGGAGAAAGUCUAUAUGAAAAUCAUGGGAGAAAUGAGAAAUAUAGUACUUCAUUUUCUUUUUAUUAGAGAACCCUUCAAACCUAA